AUGAAAUAUCUUUUUUAAAAUAUAUGCUACUUAAUAUUAUAGACUGUGUUGACCUAGACGCUGAUAGAUACGUUCAACUAGGUAGAUAUUAAAGGAAUUGAGUUUGAUUGGAGCGCAAGAACACUUCCUAUAGGAGAUUAAUAACUUUUAGUUGCCUAGAACAUUAGAGGCUAUGAUUAGUUAUUCUAAGUACAAUUAAUGAUAAUAGACAUUGGGAAAAACGAAAUUGUCAGACAAAUAACGAUAGGAGGAGUUGAAGAGAGCAAAUAUUGUCCAGAUAUACUCAUUAUGAAUAAUUAAAUAUUUAUAGCAUUUGUAAGUGAGAAAGGUAGUGCUUUAAAUGUUGUGAUGAAAAAAUUUAGUUUAUCCCUAGAGGAAACAAAUGUAGAAUUAAAUUUAGGCGCUACUAUCUAAGAAGUUAAAAUUAUAUAAAAAAUUCAAUUCAUUUAAAUUAAUCAGUUAAAUAAAAAUUUAUUAACUGUUUUAUGGUAUUCAUAAGGAAAAGAAUAUCCGAGUAAAUAAUGGAAUAUGAUAUUGUAUAAUCCAACUACAGGAGUUAAAGGUGAAAUAUUAAUUUUGCCUGAUAGUGAAUUUGUGUCAGUUGCAUAAAAUAAAUUAGGAAUUAUUGCAAUAGCCUAAUCCAACAAUAACUACAUAAUAUUAUCUAAAUUAUUUGAAGGAAAAUUAACCACAAGGUCAAUCCCCACAUCUAUGUAUGGUAGUUAUCAACAGAAAAUCAAAAUUUAAAGUUUAUCCUCAAAUGAAUUUAUUGUUCUUACCUGGAAAAAUUCUUAUGAUUUUACAAUAAGAAGAUUUGAUAAAGAUUUUGAAGCUAAUUAGAGUCCAUAACGAAUUUAAACUAAAGAAUUUUGUACUACUGAUAGAAUCUAACAGAUUGAUGUAAGUUUUACUGAUUAUUAAUUAAUUUUGGUAAGUAAAUGCUCUGAAGAGAUAAAAAUAUAAUAAGUUGACUUGUUGAAUGUUCAAAAUAAUAAAUACAUUACAAAAUAAUAUAGAUAAAUUGAUGUGGAUGAUACAAAAUAGAAUAUUCAGUCUAUUUAUAUUGAUUAAAUUAAUCAUAAUAAAUUAUUGCUUAGAUGGUUUACUCCACAAUUUUACUAUUAUGCAUUAAGUGUUCAACUAAUAGAUAUGGGCUUAAAAGUUAAUGAAUGUAUAUAGAAUUGUAAUAAAUGUGAUAACCUCAUUCAUUGCCAAGAAUGUAAAUAAAAUUACUUAUUGGAUACAAUUAAAAAUCGUUGUAAUCCUAUCUGUCCUGAUAAUUGUUUAUACUGUUCCGAUGCUUCUUACUGCGACAGAUGUAAGUUGGGAUACUAGUAUACAAAAGAAAAUUUAUGUGUGAGUCCAACCAAUGAUUUUAUGGAACUGAAAGUUAGUAGAGAAACAGAGAGUAAGGGCAAAGGAAAAAUAAUUAAUAAGGAUUUCUUUAUUAUUGUUAUAUAUAGUGUUUAUUAAAGCGAUAAACAAUAAUAUUUGGUCAUUAGAAAACUGGACAAUCAAGGAUAACUAUUAAAGAAAGUGGAACUCUAAUAAGAUCAAUAAACAUUACUUGAUUAUGAUAUUGCUGAUUCUUUUGAUGAUGAUGUCUUUUUCAUAUUAAUUAAGUGGGCUACAGUUGAUGGUACGACUAAAACAAUCAAUUACUAUUACUAUUUAGAAGAUUUAACAAUUAAAGGAUAAUCUUUGAUAACAGAAGGAUAGCCAAUAAUUUAAGGAGAUCAAAUAAAAAUUAUCAAUUAUAAAAAUCAGAAUAUUCUAUUUUUUUAUUUUGUAAAGGAUAAAGAUUAUUACUAGCUCUUAUAUAGGAAAAUGGAUUAAAAUGAAGUUUAUUCUAAUUACAGUUCUAGCAUCUUUUAUUAUUAAGGUAAUUUUGAAAUGACAUCAUAUAAAAAUUCAAUUAAUUAUCAUUUCAUAACAAUAAGAAAUCUUGAUUAUUAUUUCUCUUGUAAUAUUUUAGAUAAUUAAUUAUAGUGCAAUUCUGAGACUAAUAAAGAUACUAGUGAAUUUUUCUCAUAAAAAAUCAUUUAAAUUGAUCAAAUUUCAUUAUAUUUAGAACACGAUUUUUAUUUGAACAGAUAAUUAUACAUAAAUAAUACUGAUAACUACAAAGUUUAACUCACAUAAUCAUCAAGAUAUCCAUAAAAUCAUACAUUCAUUUAGAUUGGAUAAAAUGAUAUUAUAGUUUUAUGGUCUGGAAUUAUAAAUAUCCAACAAAGCAAUCCAAUAUAUCAUAUCUAUAUUUAAGGUUUUUCGAAAAAAUCUAAUACGAUUACUAAUUUAAAGUCGUUUACUUGUUCUCCUGCUUGCUUUAAAUGUUCAGAAACUGGAGUAUGUUUACAAUGCAAAAAUAGUAAUUAUAAAUUGUAAAAUGGAAAAUGUAAAUUAUUAUGCAUAAAUAAUUGUGAAUAAUGUUCAAUAGAAGAUCAAUGUUUAAAAUGUAAACUAAACUAUUUCUUGGAUUCUAAAUCAUAAUGUGUUUAAACUGAAAAAAAUUACAUUAUAUAAAAAGCAGGUUAUUUGUAUCCAACAAUAAGUUAAAAUUAAGAUGGCACAGUGUCAAUUGCAUCAUUUAAAAAUAAUGGAACUAAAUUUGAUGUUGUAUAUGAAGAAUUUAAUAGAUAAGGAUAAUCAAUAUCAGGAGAAAUCAGAAUUUCAAAUGAUAGUAAUUUAACAAUUAUAUUACAAUAACCUUAAUUGAUUAAACAAGAUUAAUUAAUCCUAAUUUAGUAUUUAGUAAGAGAUGAAAUUAAUAGUUAAUCAAUAAAAGCCAUUUUUGUUACUUUAGAUUAACAAUACCAUAUUAUUUAAAAUAAUAUUUCAAUACUAUUAAAUUAAGAUAUCUUAAUUGACAACCUAUUGAUUGAUAAGAACUUGUAUGUCGUUUUUUCUGAUAGUACUACUUCUACAACUUAUUUAUAUGUUAAUUUUUAUGAAAUAAAAUAGGGUUGCAUGACAAGCUAAACUUAACAUUAUUAUGGAAAUGUGUUUACUUUCACAAAGAGAUACUAAAAUUUCAGAUUGGAAAAUCUAGGUAAUCAGAAUAAAUUCACUAUAUAAUUUACUGAGUUAGAUGCAGCUGAUUAAAUUGUAUACUUGUAUGAUUAUGUCGAAUUAAAAUUAACGAAGUCUAUAAUUACAAGUUAUUUUGUUAACUACUUUACUUAUCUAUAAUUGUUUUCAGUUUAAUAUAAAGCUAUUAGCAAUAAGAAAUUAAAUUUACAAUUCCUAAAUUAGAGAGGAAAACUAUUAAACAAUGUGAUUCUAGAAUCAAUAAAUGAUUUAUCUAAAAUUCAAGUUGUGACAUCGUUAUCCUAUAUUUAUCUAUUGUAUGCUGAAUCAUCUCAAUAAUCAAUAAUAAAUAUAAAUGUUAAAUAAUACGAUCUGAAUGGAACAUAAAUAGCUGAAACUCAAAUAAGUUCAAAUGAACAAUCUAUUGAUUUUUUAAGUGGAAAUAAUUAAUAAAAUGAAUUCCUCUAUAUAACUUGGAGUACUCAAAAAUAUAGCAAAUCAUACAAAUUAAGAUUGAAUUAAAAAUUAUAAGCUAUCCCAUUUGAUGAAGAAAUUUGUGUUUCUCAUUGUGGAGAUUGUUCCAACAAUAAUAAUGAAAUUAUGUGUACUUAAUGCUUAGAUGGUUAUUUAUAUAAUGAACAAAAAUUAAAAUGCUCCCCAAUUUGCUUAGAUAACUGUUAAAAAUGCACAUAACCAUAUACAUGCGAUUACUGUAACAAUGAUUUUAAGUUCGUUGACAAUAAAUGCUUAAAUGUCACUCAGUAUCAAUUGGAAAUUCCAUUUUGCCAAUAAACUUGCAAUGGAAUUGGAUCAAUAUUAAGUUUUAGUGAUAAUUCCAUGAUAACAACCUUUUAUAAUUAUAAGAAUUCAUAACAUAGUUUAGAUUCGAAUAUAUAUUAAUAAGAAUCUAGUGUUAUUACCACUAAAUAAUUGAUUUCUUCAGAAACACCAAUUGCUUAUCAUAGAAUUUAUGAAUACGAAUCUAAAAAGUUUGCACUUAUCUGGUUAAGUGGUAAUUGUAAAGUUUCAUGUAGAAUGAUGCUACAAUUAUUCCAAAGCAGCUUUGUUGUUAUAACAAAUCCUAUUGAAAUGAGAUUAAUUAAAGUUCUAAAUAUUGAUGAGUUUGAAAUUCAGAUCAAAAUAUUUAAUACUAACUUUGUGAUAGUUUGGACUGAAAUUGAUGAGAACUCUCUUUCCUAAACAUACGUUGGAAUUUAUAAUACUGGAAGUGGGUUUCAGAUAAAAUAAAAUAUUAAUGAAAAUUAAGAUGAUAUCUCCAUCAAUCCAUAAUUAUUGAUCUAGACCUCAUCCUAUCAAAUAAUCUAUAUCAAAAAUAAUAAUAUAAUAAACUCAUUAACUAUCGAUAGUACAACUACAAAAUACAAACAACUCUAUUAGAGCACAAACCAGAUUGAAUCCAUUUCUUCAGAUAACAUUGACAGUAGUGGUUUAGCUAUUGGUUGGAUAGAAAGUUAAAUUAACUUAUUAGGAAUACGGAGUUAUUAUGCCUAUAUAUAAUAUUUUGAUAGAUAGUUAAAUCAAUAAGCAACUAAGAGAAUAGCUAUAAACUCAUACAUCACAAUUAAGAGUUUGUAUCUUAAUUACAUCCCUACUUAAUAUAUAUAAUUAACAUACAUAUAAAUCGAAAAGGGAGAGCAAUAAAGAAUACGAGUAUCUUUUGCUUCCUUGUCCUUCCUAAAAUAUGGAUCAUCUUAAGAAAUGUUGACAUCUCCAUUAAAUAUUUUAAGUUAGUAUUAAUCAAAUACAAAAUUAUUAACCUAUGUAGAUCCAAGAAAUUAUUAAUCAUAUGUUGUAUUCUAAGGAGUAAUGAAUAAUGUUAAUUAUAUAUUCUUUAUUCAAAGUAAAGGAACAUACUUAUAUCAAGAUAAUUGCGAAACAAAUUGCUUCUAUUGUAAUAAUAAGAAUCUAUGUGUAAUUUGCAAAUAAGGAUUUACAUUACAAAAUAAUAAAUGUGCAUUGAAAUUACCAGAUUAUUGUACAAAUGGUAAUUAUGGUCGAUGCUCUUAAUGUGCUGUUGGAUACUCUGUCACAUCAGAUUAUAAAUGUUAGAUUAGUGAUUCAAAAUAUAAAGAAAUUAAAAUGAGCGUCUAUCCAGCUUAAAGUAGAUAGAGAAUUUCUACAUUAUCUAAUGGAGAUUAUGUUAUUGUAUGGUCAACACAAUUUUAUCAGAAUGAAGGAACUGGAAUUUACAUGUCAUUAUAUAAUUCUCAGGGUGUGUUAUUAAAAGAACAAAUGAGAAUAUCUGAAUCAUCAGCAGGAAUUCAAUAAUAUCCUGAUGUUUAAGUGAUGAGCAAUGAUUAGAUAGUUGUUGUUUGGAUAGAUGGCAAUAUAUUAGUAAAUGCUAAUAUCAAGAUGUUAAGAUUUGAUAAAGAUUUCUUAAGAAUUGGUAGUGAAACUAUCGUAUAAACAGAUAUACAUCUUUAUUAUGCUUAAUCAUAUGAUACUCCAGUAAUCAUUUAAUCAAUUAUUAAUGGGUUUGUUAUAGUUUGGGCAGAAUAAGGAAAUCAGAAAUAAAUAUCAUUGAUAGCUAAAUUCUUUGACAAUGAUAAUAAUGUACUUAAUACUUAAAUUGUCACUGAAAAUGAAUAAAUAAUAAAUGAACCUGUUGUUGCAUCAACUUAAUCUAUUAUUGUGAUAUCUUGGUAAACAAAUAAAGGUGUUUUUGCUAGUUCAUAUAGUGUAAAUCAAGUGUUGAUAGAUAAAGUAUAAUUAUCAACAACAGGAGAAUCUCCUGCAAUAGUUUCUAUAGAUAACUCCAUAAUUAUAGCUUGGAAAGAAUAUGUCAUUGAUGAGAAUGAUUUUAUGAGUUAGAAAAUAAGAUUCAGAUAAGUCUCAGCAGAUUUAAAUCAAUAUCAAGUUUAGAGUCAUUUUGGAGUUUCAUAAGAAAAUCUAGAUAAUCCUGAUGUAAUAUCAAUUGAAAAUGGAUUUGCUAUUAUUGCUGAAAGUGUUUCUGUAUUAGAUGAUAAAGUCAGAACUAUAUAAAUGUAAUUGUUUAAUUUAGAUGGUUCAACAAAAUCUCAACCAGUUAUUAUUUAUUCUGUUUCUAACUUAUACCCACAUCAUCCCUAAUUAGCAAGUUAACCAUAAGGUAAUUUCAUAGCUUCAUGGACAGUCAGUAGUUUAAUCUCGUAAAUUUUAAGUGAUGAUGUCUAUAUGAAAAGAUAUAAGAACGAUGGCACUUAAUUAGCAUUAAAUACAAUCAUUUGCUAAAACAAUUGCUAGACUUGUUCAUCUAGUAAUAUUUGCUAAAGUUGUAAAUAAAAUUAUAUUCUAUUAUCUAAUUCGUGUUAUCUAAAAAUUAAUAAUUGUGAAGCACAUUCAAUUGAAAAUUUAACUAUAACUUGUAGUUAAUGUUCAAAUGGUUUUGAAUUGAUUAAAAAUAAUUGCUAUUAAAUUAAUACAGUUUCUAAUGAAUAGACCAAUAGAAUUUAUAAAUGA